AAAGGAAGGAACCCCGCCCGCAUCGCGGGGUAGCAUAGCAUGCAAGGCACAAAAGUCAACGGCGCCGAUCUCGAACAUGUGCUGAACACGCCUGACACAGCCACUUGCUUGUCCAUGUCGAGUUCGACUGGUCAGCUGGACCAUUCCCCCUUCCUUGCACGCCCAUCUAGUCUGUGAUUACGCUAGUGAGGUUCUGAGCUGUCUCCUUUCUCCUCGUCAUCCUCCUUCUUCUCUAUCACUAUAGAUCAGCUGGACUGUAUCUCUGCCUUUGAUCGUUGUUCUGUUCCCGAUAGAUCUUAGAAGAUGAAGAUAUGUUUGGGUGUAGUGGCUGUGGCCUCAGUGGUCUCCUCGGUCGCUGCUUCGAGCCUGACUCCGCCAGUCUUGCCGUUGAUUGUCAGGAACCCAUAUCUCUCGACCUGGCUGGGCAAUGCAAGGGACAAGCCAUGGUCCAAAUGGCCCAUGUUCUACACCGGAGAAGAGAUGGGCUUCUCCGUCCUUGCUAGUGUUCCAGAUACCAAUACUGCAUAUCCCUUACUCGGUCGUCCCCAAGACUCUCUAGAUGAGAAAGACUCGACCUACAACAUCUCUUACCCCGUGUACAAAGGCGCGCAAUACGAUGCAUCCGUGACCAAUCUCACGUACCAGAUCCCCUCGCACAACUCGACCUCCGGACAUGUCGAGAUCGUUCUGUCGUUCCUAUCCCCAGUCACACCUUCGUCCACUCUUCGCCAAUCCAUACCCGCCUCAUAUCUCAGCAUCCACGCUACCGGAAGCUUUGACGUCGACAUUUACGUUGAUCUGAACGGCCAGUGGGUCAGUGGAGACAGAGGCAGCGAGAUAGUGUGGGAGCUCGAGAAUGAAGAGACUGAGAAGCUCAAAAGUUGGGUUGUCAAGAGGAAGGACGAACUCCUAUUCACUGAAUUCAGCGACCGAGCCGAAUGGGGCAGUCUGAGGUUUACCGGUCCUUUGGAUGUCCGCCACGAGAGUGGUACGUCAGGAGUUUUGAGAAAUCGCUUCUCUCGUACCGGCACUCUACAAAACGAGAACGACGAGCGCUUCCGAGCCAUCAUGCAAGAUGAACCCGUCUUUGCUUUCUCAAAGUCUUUCAAUCUUGCUCCAAAGACGACCGGACACAAGCUCAGCCACCAAAACACGUCUUCAGACAGUGUCCUCUUCACGAUCGCCCAUAUCCAAGAUCCCGUCACACAGUACGCCUCCGCACGAGGCCUGACUUUCAUGCGCCCUCUUUGGAAAACGUGGUUCCAGACGGACAACAACCUGACUACCUUCCAUUACACCGAUUUCAGGAAUGCCCAAAAGCUGGCACAGAAUUACUCCGACCAGCUCGCCAUUGACGCUUACCAGUCGGGCUCCGACUCAUAUGUCGACAUUGUUGCCCUCUCUGCUCGUCAGACCAUGGGAGCCACUAGUUUCUCGGGCACUGAGGAUAAUCCCUUGCUCUUCCUAAAGGAGAUCUCCUCCAACGGAAACAGUCAGACCGUCGAUGUCAUCUUCCCAGCUUUCCCCUUCUUCCUCUACACUCAGCCUCGCUGGCUCGCCUACCUCCUCGAGCCUCUGAUUGAGCACAUGCUCUCUGGCCAAUAUCCGAACGACUACAGCAUGCACGAUCUGGGUACUCACUUCCCUAAUUUGACAGGACAUGCAGACGGCAAGGAUGAGUACAUGCCGGUUGAAGAGUGUGGAGAUAUGCUCAUCAUGGGUCUUGCUCUAGUCAACUCCAUGACAUACGGCUCUGCGCCCGAGGCUCAGUCAGCCUGGUCGGCUAUGGGCAGUGACCACAUCGCUCUGCCCAACGAGGCAAGUCCCUUCGCUCUGAAUGCUCUCGAGGAGCGCGAGGAUGUUUGGGGUCUUGAUGAUCGCUGGGGCGGCUCUGCUCAGGGGUUGAAGCAAGCACAAAGAUGGCUCGACAAGUCCUAUGGUUUGUGGAAGCAGUGGACUUCGUACUUGGUCGAGUACAGCUUGGAACCUCACAAUCAGUUGUCGACCGACGAUUUUGCUGGGUGGCUGGCUCUGCAAACCAAUCUGGCUCUGAAAGGCAUUGUGGGUAUUCGAGCCAUGAGCGAACUGGCCACCGUCAUGGACAAGAAAGAUGAUGCGAAACACUUCCGCAACAUUUCGGACACCUACAUCAAGCGCUGGGAAGAGCUUGGUAUCUCUCGCGAUGGCACACAUGCAAAGCUCGCAUAUGAUUGGUAUGGAAGUUGGACCACGCUGUACUCUCUGUACGCUGAUGCACUCCUCUGUUUCCAUCCUUCGACAACCAACGGCAGCAGCUCUCAGUCUAUCGGUGACUAUGUCGGAGUGUCCGGCGGUAAACAAGAGCCCAUCGUCGAGCCACCAACUCACGACUUCAUCCCCAAUCACAUCUACAAAAUCCAGUCUGACUGGUAUGCUGCGGUGAUGCAAAAGUACGGGCUCCCCCUCGACUCUCGCCAUCUCUACACAAAGUCAGACUGGGAGUUCCAAGCCGCCGCCGUCUCUUCUCGCAAGACUCGCACUGAGAUCUUGAACAGAGUUUCGAAGUGGCUCAACGAGACCGUCACCGAUAGACCCUUUACCGAUUUGUAUGAUACGGAAGGCGAAGGGGGUUUCCCUGGACCCAACUUCUUCGCCAGACCAGUCAUUGGUAGUCACUUUGCCUUCUUGGCUUUGGAAAGGGCUUGUGGGGGAACUGCCAUGCAAGGGUUGAGCUUUUUGGAUGAUGAGUAGGGUCGAAUUGAUUCGCUAGGACACGGUGGCUGAUGAUGCAGAACAGCUCUCGGCUACACCGGUGCUAUCUCUCUACGGUCAGAGAGUCAUGUUUAGCUAUGAAUGAACACAACACAAAUCGUUUCCUUGCAACUUCUUCUUUCUGCCGGGUCGCGCAGUUCCACUGCCGUUGGAUGACAUUUAUGAUGACGUGUUCUGUACAGAUGACAUCAUACCAUGCUUUGCAGGCAGGGUCGUCCCACAUACAACAUCUCGAAAUCAUGUAUUAGGUACUACACCACGAACAAGCUGGAUUUAGACAUGAGUGAAAUAUCAAUCGAUGGAGA